AUGAACUCCCUUGCUGCAGCAAAUGCAGAAUUUUGCUUCAACCUGUUCAGAGAAAUGGACAACAAUCAAGGAAAUGGAAAUGUAUUCUUCUCCUCUUUGAGCCUCUUCACGGCCCUUGCUCUGGUUCGGCUGGGGUCUCGAGGGGACUGUGCAUCUCAGAUUGAUAAGAUACUUCACUCCAACACCAUCUCAGGCCAUGGAAAUUCCACACAGAAUCAGGCAGGACUCCAAUCUCAACUGAAAAGAGUACUCUCAGAAAUAAACGCAUCCCACAAGGAUUACGAGCUCAGCAUUGCCAAUGGUGUGUUUGCAGAAAAGGUGUUUGACUUUCAUAGGAACUACAUUGAUUGUGCUGAAAAAUUAUACAAUGCCAGAGUGGAACGAGUUGACUUUACAAAUGAUGUAGAAGACACCAGAUAUAAAAUUAAUAAAUGGAUUGAAAAUGAGACACAUGGCAAAAUCAAGAACGUCUUCCGUGAAGGCAGCAUCAGUUCUUCCGCUGUCAUGGUGCUGGUGAAUGCUGUCUACUUCAAAGGCAAGUGGGAAUCGGCUUUCACCAAGAGUGAAACACUGAAGGGCCGUUUCAAGUCUCCCAAGUGUCCUGGAAAAGAAGUUCCCAUGAUGCAUCAAGAACAGAGGUUCAAUUUGUCUGUCAUUAAGGACCCAGCCAUGCAGGUCCUGGAGCUCAGAUACCAUGGUGGUAUAAGCAUGUAUAUCCUGCUGCCCGAAAGUAACAUCAAACAAAUUGAAAAUAAACUGACCUUUCAGAAUCUCAUGGAAUGGACCAAUCCAAGAAAAAUGCGUUCUCACUAUGUUGAAGUGUUUCUUCCGCAGUUCAAGAUAGAGAAAAACUAUGAAAUCAAGAACUAUUUGAAAGCUCUAGGGCUGAGAGAUAUCUUUGAUGAAUCCAAGGCAGAUCUCUCUGGCAUAGCUGCGGGCGGUCGCCUGUAUUUGUCGAAGCUGAUGCACAAGUCAUACAUCGAGGUUACAGAGGAGGGCACGGAGGCGGCUGCGGCCACGGGAACAAACAUUAUGGAGAAGCAACUCCCUGAGUCGACGUUGUUCAGAGCAGACCACCCAUUCUUGUUUUUCAUUAGGAAGAAAAACAUGAUCCUGUUUAGUGGCAAAGUUUCUUGCCCUUGA